AUGGCUGCCGCUGAAGAUUCUAAAAAGAGUUUAGUAUACUUUGACAUUACCUGCAAUGGUAAGCCCAAGGGAAGAAUUAUUUUCAAAUUGUAUGACGAAGUUGUACCCAAAACCACCAAAAACUUUAGGGAAUUAUGUACUGGUGAACAUGGUACUUCCAAGAUAUCAGGAAAGCCUUUGACCUACAAGGAUUCGAUUUUCCACCGAGUGAUCAAAGACUUUAUGUGUCAGGGGGGUGAUUUCACCCAUGGAACUGGUAUUGGUGGUGAAUCAAUUUACGGGGAAAAGUUUGAAGAUGAAAACUUUGAAAAACUUCACGACAAGCCCUUUUUGUUAUCGAUGGCAAAUUCAGGUCCUAACACCAAUGGGUCACAAUUUUUUAUCACCACGGUUCCAACCCCCCACUUGAAUGGUAAACAUGUUGUCUUUGGCGAGGUAGUCCAGGGGAAAUCCGUUGUACGUCAAUUAGAAAGAAGUGAAAAAGACUCAGGAGAUAAGCCGGUGGAUGAGUGGAAAGUUGCUGAUUGCGGUGCAUUAAGCGAAGACUAUGUAUUGAAUCCACCUGAUCAAGACGACGGAACUGGCGAUAUUUAUGAAGAAGUUUUGCAUGACAACGAUAUAAGGAACAUCGAUGUCAACAACCCUCAAUCAGUAUUCAAUGCCAUUUCCAGAGUUAAAGAUAUUGGAACCAAAUUGUUAAAGGAAGGGAAAUUGAACAAGGCGUAUGAGAAAUAUGCUAAAGCAGUGGGGUUUGCUACUGAUUAUUUCCCAGAAGAAUUAUCUGAAGCUGAUGUGUCAGAGUUGAACAAGUUGAAAAUUUCUUGCAGCUUGAACUUGGCACUUGUGGCUUUGAAGUUAAAGGAAGGUAAAAGGGCUAUAAAAGCUGCCAAUGAAGCCUUGGAAGUGGACUCCAUUGACGACAAAUCAAAAGCCAAAGCAUUGUACAGGAAAGGCCUGGGUUAUUUGUUGGCCAAAGACGAGGAGUCUGCGCAAAAGUUCUUCGAGGAGGCAUUGAAGUUGGAGCCUGCUGAUGCUGCGAUUCAAAAAGGUCUACAAGACGUAAAAGCUCAAAUCAAGGCUAGAAAGGAAAAGCAAAAGAAAGCCAUGUCAAAGUUUUUCAAGUAG